UUCCACCCUCUCCACACACCCUCUCUACUCCGCCCUUUCGUCCCCGUCUCCGGCCGUUUCCCACCGCCGCUCGCCGGAGCUAGCCAAGCUUUUGUUGCAUAUACCCUUCACUCCAAAAGCUCCCACCUUUCUGACACCGCCGGCCGGAUUGGCCGUCCAUGUAAAAUUGUUCUUCUUGAAUCCUGAGGUUAGCUAGCGGCCGUAGGAAUAGGAUCGUCGCGCCAUCUCCGGCGGCGUGUAGGAUGCCCGUCCAAGAUUGGGACUGAGGCGGCGGCGGCUAAAUGUACCGCAAGAACGCGUCGGCACUCACCUGCUUCUACCUGUACCUCCUCUGGUUCUUCUUCCUGAAAAAGUAGCAGAGCAAGCGAUCGAUCGAGCCGGCGACUCGUGAUUGAGAUUGUUUGGGUUUGAUACAUCUAUAGGUGUUCUCGUUGAUUGAUUGGAAGUUUGGAAGUGGUGAUCUCGGCGAUGGAGCUGGAUCUGAACGUGGAGGAGAAGCCGGCGGCGGUGGCGCGGAGCGACUCCGGGACGUCGGAGUCGUCGGUGCUGAACGCGGAGGCGUCCUGCGGCGGGGGCGCCGCGCCGGCCGAGGAGGCCUCCAGCUCGACGCGCCAGCCGGCGCCGGCGCCGCGGGCGGUGCUCGAGUUCAGCAUCCUGAGGAGCUCGGCGUCCGCCGAGGGCGAGAACGACGUCGGCGCCGACGACGACGAGGAGGAGGCGACCCCCUCGCCCCCGCCUCCGCCGCCGCGGCACUACUACCAGCACCUGCUGCAGCCGCAACAACUCGUCAUCCAAGAGCUGUUCCCAGCCGCGGCCGCCGGCGGCGGUCCGCCGGCGAUGCCCGUGCCGCAGCAUUGGGCCGAGCUCGGCUUCUUCCGCCCCGCGGCGCCGCCCCCGGACAUGAGGAUCCUGCAGCUGCAGCAGCAGGCGCACGCGCCGCCCCCGCCGCCGCCGGCGGCCCAGCCGCCGGUGGCCAAGAAGAGCCGCCGCGGCCCGCGCUCCCGCAGCUCGCAGUACCGCGGCGUGACCUUCUACCGCCGCACCGGCCGCUGGGAAUCCCAUAUCUGGGAUUGCGGCAAGCAGGUGUACUUGGGUGGGUUUGACACUGCACAUGCUGCUGCAAGGGCGUACGAUCGAGCGGCGAUCAAGUUCCGCGGCGUCGACGCCGACAUAAACUUCAACCUCAGCGACUACGAGGACGACAUGAAGCAGAUGAAGGGCCUGUCCAAGGAGGAGUUCGUGCACGUGCUGCGGCGGCAGAGCACCGGCUUCUCGCGGGGCAGCUCCAAGUACAGAGGCGUCACCCUGCACAAGUGCGGCCGGUGGGAGGCGCGCAUGGGCCAGUUCCUCGGCAAGAAGUACAUAUAUCUUGGGCUAUUCGACAAUGAAGUAGAGGCUGCAAGGGCUUACGACAAGGCGGCGAUCAAAUGCAAUGGUAGAGAGGCCGUGACCAACUUCGAGCCGAGCACCUAUGAUGCGGAGCUGCUCAAUGAAGUUGCUGCUGAAGGCGCAGAUGUCGACCUCAACUUGAGCAUAUCUCAACCAACUUCACAAAGUCCCAAAAGGGAUAAGAGCAGCCUUGGCCUGCAACUCCACCAUGGAUCAUAUGAUGGCUCUGAACUAAAGAGACCAAAGGUCGAUGCUCCCCCUGAGAUGGUUGCGAUCCCUCAUCGGUACCCCCUUCUGACCGAGCAUCCACCAAUCUGGCAUGGCCAAUCAUAUCCCCUCUUUUUAAAUAAUGAGGAAGCAGCCAGAGAUCAUAGCAGGAGGCCAGAGGUGGCCACAGGGGCUGUUCCAACCUGGGCAUGGAGGGUGAGCCACCCUCCUCCAACACAACCCAUGCCACUCUUCUCGUCGUCAUCGUCCGCUGCAGCAUCAUCAGGAUUCUCCAAAACCGCCGCGGCAGCUGCCCCCGGCGCCCCAUCGGCCUCAUUCCGGUUCGACCCGAUGGCGCCAUCAUCAUCGUCAAGCAACCAACACCACCACCACCACCCCCGCUGAAAAAGAAGCCAUACUGUAAAUUUUCUGGGAAGCCAGUAUCUUUUUGCCCCUCCGGCGUUUCAGCGUUUUCGGUCUUGCGCCGGGGUGGUUUCAUGUAGUGGAUUGGAUUCAUGACUGUAUUUCCCAUGCUGCCCAAAGUGAAAUGUCCCUUCUUCUCUGCGCUCUCUGCAUCGGCGCAUUGGUCCCAUAAUUCUCGCUGUCAGAUACUAACCUCAGCUCAUCUCACCAUCUGAGAUGGAUUUAUACCAUUGUUGUAGACAAACCUGUCACUGAAAUUCAGCAGUACCGAUACCAUAAGAUAAGAGGAACCUUUACUUUGGGAAUUA